CAUGUACCUGUGUCUGUAUGUGUUUCUAUGUGUCUGUGUGAGCAUACGUCUGUGCGUAUAUGUGUUCGUACGUUUAUGAGGUAGGUCUGUGUGCGUGUGUGUGUGUGUGCUAUUUGUAUUUGUGCAUAACUCUGUGUGAGUGUGUCUGCCUCGAUAUAGUCCUUAUAUGUGUGUGUCUAUCUGUGUAUGUCUCUGUGUAUAUGUAUUUGCACUUGUACGUGUGUCUGUGUGUGUUUCCAUGUGUCUAUCUUUGUCAGUGCAUCUAUCUGUGUGAAUAUGUGUUUGUACGUUUAUGGGGGUGGUGUGUUUGUGUGUGUGUGUGUGUGUGUGUGUGCUCACGAAGGAGGACAUAAAACUCCCUCCGUCCUCCUCCCCCCAUUGCAAUGUUUGUCACCACUUGCCCAUCACCAGGGGGUUGAGAAGAGUAUGACAGGUCUUUGUUGUCUGAAUAAAAAUCAGUGGCCGCUCAAGGGAGAGAACUCCUCCUACUAAAUUAUCAAAAAUGGGCUGGCUUUAGUCUCUUAACAAAUUGGACACCGCGCCGGCAAGCAGCAGUCCCAAAUCCAACCUACAGGCACCGAGAACUUUAAAGCAGCCAGGGACUGCGGAAAAUACCACUUCUUUUUCUUUCUUUGUGUUCAAAACUAGUUUCUUUCUGCACCAGUUUUUUUUUCUCCCCUCCGUUGCAGUUGUUUCCCAUUAGUAACCUGAUCUCUCCAGAGCAGUAAGAUUCUCCUUCUCGUGAUUUCAUUUUUUCUUGUUUGUUUGUUUUGCACAUCUCCUCGGAGCCGUUGCAAGGAGCUUUGCUUCUCUCUCUGUCCUCUCUCUUUUUCCUCCUCCCUUUCUCCUGCUCCUUCUCUCUCUCCCCCUCCUCCCCAAUUCUCCAACCCCCGCGGUAGCACUGUCUUUCCGCGCGCCGAGGCCCCGGGGCGCUGUCUAUGGAAAUAGUGGGGUGCCACCGAAGCCGCCGGGAAGCAGAAGAAAAUACUUGUCCUUUCCGUCCCCCAGCCAUGCUUUUCCACGGGAUCUCCGGAGGCCAUAUCCAAGGGAUCAUGGAGGAGAUGGAGAGGAGAUCCAAGACGGAAUCCCGCCUGGCCAAAGGAGGGCAGAUGAACGGCAGAGAAGCGAGCUUGCCCCCUUCGAGUCCCGAAAAGCCUGCUUUGUGCGCUGGUUGUGGAGGGAAGAUCUCAGACAGAUAUUACCUGCUGGCUGUGGACAAACAAUGGCACCUCAGGUGUCUUAAAUGCUGUGAAUGUAAACUGGCUUUGGAGUCAGAGCUCACCUGCUUUGCCAAGGAUGGUAGCAUUUACUGCAAGGAGGAUUAUUACAGAAGGUUCUCCGUGCAGAGAUGUGCCCGCUGCCACCUUGGCAUUUCCGCCUCCGAGAUGGUCAUGAGGGCCCGGGAGGCCGUCUAUCACCUGAGCUGCUUCACCUGCACCACCUGCACCAAGACCCUGACCACCGGCGACCACUUCGGCAUGAAGGACAACCUGGUGUACUGCCGGGCCCACUUCGAGACCCUAAUGCAAGGGGACUACCCCCCGCAGUUGAGCUACACCGAGUUGGCGGCCAAGGGCGGAGGCCUGGCGCUGCCCUACUUCAACGGCGCAGGCCCCGGCACCGUGCAGAAGGGCCGACCCCGGAAAAGGAAGAGCCCUGCCCUCGGGGUGGACAUCGUCAAUUACAGCUCAGCAGGCUGUAAUGAAAAUGAGGCGGACCACCUGGACCGAGACCAGCAGCCUUACCCUCCCUCACAGAAGACCAAGCGCAUGCGCACCUCCUUCAAGCAUCACCAGCUCCGCACCAUGAAAUCCUACUUUGCUAUCAAUCACAACCCGGAUGCCAAGGACCUCAAACAGCUUGCCCAGAAAACAGGACUGACCAAGAGAGUUCUGCAGGGAGAACAAAUCUUGGGGCAUUACAGCCAAACAUCCCGACGUUUGAAAAUUCCCUAAAGUAUUAAAAGAAGGGGAAAAGUUUGAUCGGAAAUCCACUGCAGUGAAGACAAAGACAAUAUUAGGUUAUGAUAAUCAUACAUUUAAAAAAUCUAUUGAGCCAAAAAUUAAAAAGACUCAAAAUGUCAUUUCCUGAAUGUUAACAAAACUUCUGUUCUUUACGGUGUCUAACACAAAUGGAGGCUUAAAAAAAUGUGUGGUUUAAAACAAAUUUUGAUAAAACUGUGUAUAAACCAGAGCAACCUGGCAGUAAUACACCCAAGCCCUGAUUUGAGGAAAGUUAUUCUUUAAAAGACACAUUUGUCAAGCACAACUACUUGUAAAAUGAAAUCCAGAUACAUUCAUUCCACCUGCUUGCUAAUGUGUAUUAGUCAUAUCUGUUAAAUGGCAUUUUUGUAAAUUCUAAGAAAAAUGAUCACUCAUUUGAGAGCAAGGGAUCAAAAUUCCCUAAUUUUAGUACUAUUGUUUCUGAUUUAUAAAAAGAACCAGAAAGGAAAUCUGCAUGCACUCUUACAUCGGUCACCUAUAGUGUACAUUUCUGUAUGAUGACUUUUCUCUUGGAUGUUUCUUGUAUAAUAAAUAGCUUUCAUUAAUAAACAUUUUAUUUGAUGCAAAAAUAGUUAACUCUAUGAAAACAUACAUACUUAACCGAUUAAAUUAAUUUUAAAUAUCUCUGGGCACAUUCUUACUAGGCAGAAUAAUGCAUUCUUGACAGGUUCUGCCCAGAAAAGCUAGCAGUGCUUUAUUUUGGUAAAAAUGAUUUCUUUGGUUUUUAACUUUUCAUGAUGUUUGCAUCUGAUUCGACUGCUGUGUAUUACAACAUGAAGGAAAAAACCAAAAGAAAUCCAAACAUUAACAAACCCUCCUUCUCUUUAAAUCUCAGCAAUGCAAACUCCAUGUGGAAACACUUUUCACCAACAUUUUAGUAUAUUAGGGUAAACUCUAUGGAUCCCUGAUCAGUUUACAUGCCCACUAUGCAAUGAAUGAAUUUGUUAAAAUACAGAAAUAUCCUGAUCUACAAGAGGAUCUGAUCUUUCACAGUCUAAUUCACAUAUGGUUUUUACAAGGAAAAAAGUGUAAAGAUAAACAAUGACUUACCAAUGAGUUCUUUUUUAAUUGUUAAAAGGAGCACUUGCAAACUGAAUUUUUUAAUAUUCCU